UCCGUCUUUUCAACAGUUCCGCAAUUUGAUGGCGUCUCCAACCGUCAAUCUGUCAAAACUUUUGUCCUAAACUUCACUUAAAAACCCUAAUCCCUCCCUCGCUCCCUUCUUUUGUUGUCUCUCGCCCUCUCUCUCUCUAUCUCUCUCUCUAUCACACACACACACACACUCUCUCUCUCUCUCUCUCUCUCUCUCUCUCUCUUCCCACAGGAAAGAUCCACUCCGCGACGUCGUUUUCAGUCACAAUUACGCCUCAGCUGCCACUUUCAGCUGAUUCUUCAGUUCCGGUGCCCCUCUGAGUGAUCAAAGAACUCAAUCAAAAGACGAAGAAGACUCUGUAUUGUAUUGUAUUGAAAUUGUAUUAGUUUUGUAAGUUCUGAGUGAGAUUUGGGGCUAUAAGAGUUGAGUGAUGGUAACGGCAGAGAAUGAUGCGAAGGAGGAAGUGAGUGCGUCCAAGAAGGACUCUCCAUCUCCAUCACCAUCACCAUGGAAGACACCUCCGGCCGAUGGGAAGGCGUCCGAUGCUCCGGUGAUGGGCGCUGAUGCCAAUUCAUGGCCGGCUCUCUCCGACGCAUCAUCUAAACCCAAUAAUAAUUCAGAUGCAAAGCCGCCCUUACUUGUGCCGGGGUCAGGUGAGCAGCAAAAGUCGCAUGGGCAUGGAAACAAAAAUGCUUUGCACAAGCAUACAUCAAUAGGUCAACAAAAAGCAGGAUCCAAGCGGAACCCAAAUUAUGCACCUCCUUUUCCUGUACCCUUACCCUUUCAUCAACCAUCGGUCCCACCUUUUUUUCAUACCAUGGUACCAGGGAUGCAUGUUCAAUUUCCUGGAUACGCUUACCAGCCUUUCCCUGGACCCUUUCCAAGUGUUGAAACUCAGUUUGUGAAGUCUGGUUGUGAGACUCCUGUGCAAGCUUUUGCUCCACCGGUCAAUGGGGUAGAUGCUAAUAUAAAUGUUCCACCUCCACUACGUGGCAAUCCCAAUACGUAUGUCGGCAAUUUUCCUAAUAGAAGAAAUAAUGUCCAAGAGCCUGGUGGGCAUUUUAAUCCUACAUGGCAUAAUCAACGCGCAUUUGGUCCAAGAGAGAACAUCCACGUGCAACAAAAUGUUGGGCCAAGAGCAUUUAUCAGGCCUCCGUUUUUUGGUCCAGCUCCGGGCUUCAUUGGUGGACCAAAUUUUCCAGGUCCUCCUGGAUCUGUAUAUUAUCUUCCUGCUGCAGCUCCGGGCUCUAUUAGAAUACCUUAUCCAGCUCACUUUGUUCCACACAUUUUAAAUUCUGGGAAUUCUAAGCUGCCUUCGGAGACAUUAGCUUUGAGAGCUAACAUAGUAAAGCAAAUUGAAUAUUAUUUCAGUGAUGGAAAUCUACAGAAUGAUCACUACUUGCUUUCGUUGAUGGAUGGCCAAGGUUGGGUUCCAAUAUCUAUCAUUGCUGACUUCAAAAGGGUUAAGAAAAUGAGUACCAACAUAACAUUUAUCCUUGAUGCACUGCAAAAUUCUACUGCUGUUGAAGUGCAGGGUGACAAGGUGCGACGACGUGAUGAAUGGUCAAAAUAUAUUCCACCUUCAACUGAUCAAACUCCCGAGGAACUACUCGUAGAGAAAGCUACCAUUGUUUUAAAGAAUAAUGAGUUGAAUGAAGGUGAUUCGAAGGGCACCUGUAAAGGAACUGCUGAAUUUCCAUCAAGUAAUGGAAUUUUGGUGGAGCACUUGUUAUCAGGCAACAUUACUCAAAAAGUAUCAUUUAAUGGUAAUGGAGAAGACAACAGGGAGAAGAGUCUUUAUUAUGGUGAAAAACAAGUAUUUGGUGUAGGAAAUGAUGAUUCAAGCAGGGGAUCGAACUCUGACUCAAACAUCAUGCCCUCAGGCCUUCGCACCAUUGGUUGUUUCCCUGAUACUGACUGUUCACUACGAACUGAACCUGCAACUUUUGUUGAUCAUGAAAUCCAUAAAACCGAAAGCAUUGAAGUCCCAUCAAAUAUGCCUGAACAAAAUCUGGAUGACCUAUCUAAUGAUUUUGCAAGCACGUUCAUGUUUGAUGAAGAGCUAGAACUAGAGCGGAGAAUGAUUAAGAAGGAUCAUCUUUCUGCAAGAAGGAUUGAUGAUGAAGAUGAUGAGAUUGUCGUUGGUGAUCAGGCUGUUGAGAGACUUGUAAUUGUCACCCAGAAUAACAGGACAGGUGAAGGAUUUGGUACUGGUGUAAAGGAAUCAAAAUCCAUAUCCAACGAGCUUGCUUCCGCUAUUAAUGAUGGCCUUUACUUUUAUGAGCAGGAAUUGAAAGCUAAGCAAUCUAAUCGUAGAAAAAACUACUCGAGUAAUGAAUGUAAAGAUGGCACUGCUUCUGCUGUAACAAAUACAAAGGCUGGUGAAUUUUUUGCUGGAGUCAGUGGCUGUGAAGUGCCUGGAAAUGCUAAUUCUCGAAGGAAGCAUAAUAAAGGCACCAAACAACAAUCAAACCAUAAACAGCGGCUAUUCUCCAGCAACUCUAGAAAUCAUGGAACUGGUCGUAAUUCUCUUGGCAUAAUAUCUGAAAGUCCACCUAGUUAUUCGGUUGGGUUUUUCUUUGGAUCUACACCUCCUGAAAGUCAUGGUCUGAGGUCGUCAAAGUUAAAUGUUGCUUCUCCUCAUGGCAAUAUCUUGAGUAGUAGUCCUCCUGUGGGUUCCUUGCCAAAGUCAUUUCCACCAUUUCAGCAUCCAAGUCAUCAACUUUUAGAAGAAAAUGGUUUCAGACAGCAAAAGUACUUGAAGUUUCACAAACGGUGCCUUAAUGACCGAAAGAAGCUGGGAAUUGGUUGCAGCGAGGAAAUGAAUACACUUUACAGGUUUUGGUCAUAUUUCCUUAGAGACAUGUUUGUCCCUUCAAUGUAUAAUGAAUUCCGGAAGUUCGCAAUGGAAGACGCGGCUGCUAAUUAUAAUUAUGGAGUAGAAUGCCUGUUCAGGUUCUAUAGUUAUGGUUUGGAGAAAGAAUUCAAAGAGGACCUUUAUGAGGACUUUGAACAGCUGGCCCUGGACUUCUACAAUAAAGGCAAUCUUUAUGGCCUUGAAAAAUAUUGGGCAUUUCACCAUUAUCGUGGAUCGCGUAACCAAAAAGCACCAAACGAGAAAGCACCAUUAAACAAACAUCCGGAAUUGGACAGGUUGCUAAGGGAAGAAUUUCGUAGUUUGGAUGACUUCCACCGUGCUAAAGGGAAGACAACUAUGUAAAGCGGUAAUGCCCAUCCACCUUAUCUGCGAUAAGCUGGUGUCCCAAUUUUGAUGAACAGGUUAACAAUUUAUAGAGGGAGCUGCAGUUGGCGGCCUAUUUUUACGUGGACGCUGAUGUUUUCUAUAUUGUAUAUUGAUGGGGUUGUUAAUAAUAACUCUAUGAGGGCGGCCGGCUGGUGAGUUUUCGGUUUUUAGUCUUGUCUGGGUUCAGGUUUUCCUUCCUUUUUUCCUGGGAGUUCUCCGCCAGCUUGGAGAGGCACAUCCUUCCUUCAGCUCUGUACAUAUAGGAGAGAAUGAAAAAAAAAAAAAAUGAAAGAUGAAACUGUAUCUGGGAUUUGUGACAAGUUAAACAAUAAGAUUCCGAGAACUUUUAUUUUUGUC